AGUCUUAAAGGGGCCGCGUCUCCUGGCCGGCCCGGCCGGAUGGAGCCCCCGGCGGCCAAGCGCAGCCGGGGCUGCCCCGCGGGGGACGAGCCUGGGACCGGGGCCCGUCGCGGCCGCCCCGAGCCGCUGCUGGACCUCAGCGCCAAGCGGGUGGCCGAGAGUUGGGCCUUCGAGCAGGUGGAGGAGCGCUUCUCCCGGGUGCCAGAGCCAGUUCAGAAGCGCAUUGUGUUCUGGUCUUUUCCACGAAGUGAGCGGGAGAUUUGUAUGUACUCAUCACUAGGCUACCAGCCCCCAGAAGGUGAGCAAGACACCCGGGUGCCGUUUACCCGUGGGCUGCACCUGCUGCAGAGUGGGGCUGUGGAUCGAGUGCUACAAGUGGGGUUCCACCUCAGUGGGAACAUCCGAGAGCUGGGGGCCCCAGGAGAGCCAGAACAUCUCUACCACGUCUCCAUCAGCUUUGACCGCUGCAAGAUCACAUCUGUGAGCUGUGGCUGUGACAACCGAGACCUCUUCUACUGUGCACAUGUGGUGGCCUUGUCUCUGUACCGCAUCCGCCAUGCACACCAGGUGGAGCUGCGGCUGCCCAUCUCUGAGACCCUCUCUCAGAUGAACCGCAAUCAGCUGCAGAAGUUCGUGCAGUAUCUCAUCAGUGCACACCACACAGAGGUGCUGCCCACUGCCCAGCGCCUUGCUGAUGAGAUCCUUCUUCUGGGCUCUGAGAUCAACCUGGUUCAUGGUGCUCCAGAUCCCACGGCAGGUGCGGGCACAGAAGAUGCCAACUGCUGGCAUCUAGAUGAGGAGCAGAUCCAGGAGCAGGUGAAGCAGCUGCUGUCCAAUGGUGGCCACUAUGGGGCCAGCCAGCAGCUGCGCUCCAUGUUCAGCAAGGUGCGGGAGAUGCUGCGGGCACGGGACUCUAAUGGGGCACGCAUGCUAAUCCUCAUGACUGAGCAGUUCCUGCAGGACCCUCGCCUGGCCCUGUGGCGGCAACAGGGUGCUGGCAUGACAGACAAGUGCCGGCAGCUGUGGGAUGAGCUGGGGGCUUUGUGGGUCUGCGUCAUUCUGAGCCCCCACUGCAAACCAGAUGAGCGCUCAGGCUGGCUGCAGCUGCUUGGCGCAUGGGACAAGCUAGAUGUGUGCCCACUGGAAGAGGGCAACUACUCCUUUGACAUCCCCGGCCUACAGCCUACUUUGACCUCCAGGACAGGCUCAGAGGAUGAAGAGGAGGAGGUGGCAGCCACCAGUCCCCGUCGUACAGUGUUCAGCCGAGCACUGCAGGCUGGGGAGUUGCACUGGAAUGACAGCCACCUGCAGAGGAUCCUGGCCAGUGAUUCCUGUGGCCCAAGUCUCACUGGCAAUAUGGGAGGUGACAAACCAACCUUUGACCCUCAGGGCCACCCCAUCUGGCUGGGUGAACCCUUCCCUACUGCCUGUGCACGGGUGGAUACUUUGCGUGCCCAUGGUUAUCCCCACAAGGCUCUGCGGCUAGCAUGUGCCAUAGUCAACACUCUGCGGCUGCAGCGGCGACACCAGCUUGAGAACUACAAGCAGCAAAAAAAAGAACUGCUCCAAAAAGGUGCUACUUGCCUCACAAGCACUGAAGGUUGGGUGGGCCAUCCCCUGGAUCCCAUUGGCUGCCUCUGCAGGGCACUGCUGGAGGCCUGUCGACUGGAGGAGGAGCCUCACUCUCUUUACCCAGACUUGCCCACAGAGAAGCGGAAGCUGUCCUACCAGCACGUGCCAGUGCCAGGGAGCCCUGGAGAGUCCUACCUGGCUCUGGCACUGGAAGUGGCACUGCUGGGGCUAGGGCAGCAGCGGGCCCUUCCGGAGGGAUUGUAUGCCCAGGACAAAGUGGUGCGCAAUGAAGAGCAGCUGCUGGCCCUGCUGGAGGAGGUGGAGCUGGAUGAGCGGCUGGUGCAAGUUCUGCGCAAGCAGGCUGGGCUGCUGUUGGAAGGAGGCCCUUUCAGUGGCUUCGGCGAAGUGAUUUUCCGAGAGAGCGUACCCAUGCACACCUGCGCCCGAUACUUGUUCGCUGCGCUGCUGCCCCACGACCCAGAUCUGGCCUUUCGCCUGGCACUCCGAGCCAUGAGUAUCAGCAAAACAGUCAGUGCAUUCUGCCUUGUGCAGAUGGUGCUCCAGGAGAUGGGAGACGAGAGCAGAAAGAGGGAGGACUUGGACAGAAAGCUGCAGUUUCAUAUGCAGGGUUUCAAGGGAACCUGGCAGAAGGAUGCUCAAGACAGUGGAAGGGAGCUUAGGGAGGGCUGUCAGGUCAUUCAGCUCCAUUUAUGCUGGUGUUCCAACUGUGGCCUCUAUUACUCCUUCCACCCAGGAGACACCAAGUGGCUGCAUGCAGUCCUGGGCUCCGUCCAGCAAAACAUCCACUCUCCAGCCCUGCUCUUCAAGUUGGCACAGGAUGCCUGCAAGACAGCCACACCAGCCAGCGCGCCACCAGACACCAUGCUGCUGGGCAUCGCACUGGAGCUUGGGCUGCAGGUGAUGCGGAUGACACUGAAUACAAUGACUUGGCGGCGCAGAGAGAUGGUGCGCUGGCUAGUUAGCUGUGCCACAGAGAUUGGCCCCCCAGCGCUGAUGAGCAUCAUGAAGAACUGGUACUCCUUGUUCACCCCAGUGGAGGCAGUCACUAUUGUGGCAGUGACAGGCACCACGCAUGCCACUUUGUUGCGACUGCAGCUAGACACAGCUGGGCGAGAGGAGCUCUGGGCAUGUGCCCGCACCUUGGCAUUGCAGUGCGCCAUGAAGGACCCCCAGAACUGCGCCUUGCCAGCCCUGACCCUGUGUGAAAAGAAUCAUGCAGCCUUCGAGGCCGCCUACCAGAUCGUGCUGGAUGCCGCAGCCGGUGGCCUCGGCCAUGCCCAUCUCUUCACGGUAGCACGAUACAUGGAGCAUCGAGGCCUACCUUUGCGGGCCUACAAGCUGGCCACACUAGCCUUGGCACAACUCAGCAUUGCCUUCAACCAAGACAGCCACCCUGCGGUCAACGAUGUGCUGUGGGCCUGCUCGCUCAGCCACUCGUUGGGGCGGCACGAGUUGUCAGCCAUUGUCCCUCUCAUCAUCCGCAGCAUCCACUGCGCACCUAUGCUCUCAGACAUCCUGCGCCGCUGGACACUCUCAGCACCCGGUCUGGGCCCACUGGGGGCCCGCAGGGCUACCAAGCCACUAGGGACUGACAGGGCACCACUCUGCCAGCUCCUGGAUGCUGCAGUAGCUGCCUACAUCACCACCAGCCACUCACGCCUCACCCACAUCAGUCCACGUCACUAUGGUGACUUCAUUGAGUUUCUGGGCAAAGCCCGAGAGACCUUCCUUCUGGCUCCAGACGGGCACCUCCAGUUUGCGCAGUUCUUAGAGAGCCUUAAGCAGACCUACAAGGGGAAGAAGAAGCUAAUGCUGUUGGUUCGGGAGCGGUUUGGCUGAGGGGCUGCAGCUAGCAUGGGUAUCCCCUGGCUUGCCUUCCUGAAGCAGGAGGCUCAUGGCUACUUCAGGAUCAAGUGUUGGAAUGUGGGAGGCAGGUGGUGACACCAUUCCAAGUGUGUGCCUAGGAGUGUGCAGACCAAUGGGAGAUCUGAGGGUCUGAAGCCAUACUGCUAACUAGAGGCCUGCAGGGGUGUGCCUGGGCACCCCACAGUCAAGAGGCAAGCUCUGGCUCUCCCAAACUCACAGGGUUAGUCGGGGCUACCAGGAGAAGGGCUGGAGGCAGAACUUUCCAGAAAUUAGUUCUUAAAUUCAGUAUAGCAGAUCCUCCAGAGCCCACCCAGGUGCCUGGGGACGUCACAUCAGGUAUUAAAUCCCAUGUUUCAUCCCCUCUCCUACAGCUCAGGGGUCCUGUCCACUGCCCUGCGCUUCCAGCCCAAGCCGCCAGCACAAGUCAAUGCCUCAUCCCCACUGAAGGAAUCAAGAGGCUUUGGGCCUCUGCCACAUACCUCACCCCCAAACACCCUGUCCAGCCAGGACCUGUCUUGUCUUGGGCACCAAGGUCACAGGGUAGGCUGGGGACAGCUCUCUGCUGCCCGGACCCCACCACUAGUAACUGGAUACACAACUCAGGAACCAGGCUGCCCUCCAACCUGUGUGGGAGGCAUAGACAGACAGCCAGGGAUCCCACCCUGUCUUCCUUUCGCUCUACAUGGCCGUCUCUGUUUCCUCAGUUCCUUUAGUUUAGCCAUUUCUGCAUCUCUCUCCCUCUUGAGUCCCGGCUGCUGAUAGGGGCAUCCCUUUACCCCAGGCCUUAGCCUAAGGAGGGGAUUGCCUCCACCCCAAAUGAACCAGUCUUCUUUCUUGUAUAUUAAGGAAAAAGUUGGCAUCGUUUUGUAACUUUUUUUCCUAUUUAUUGAAUCCUGUACUGUAUUCCUUUCCUUUUUUUAAAAAAAAAAUUGAGCACAACUUCUUUUUAA